GGGACCUAUGCCCCAGCUUUUUUGUUUUUCAUCUUUUUAGACAGCAAUGGAUAAUGUUUUAGAGUAAAGUUUUUCCCUUUAUUGCUUCCACUCAUGAUUCUGAGCUAAGACACUAUUUUGUCAAGAGACUCAUAACUGAGAGAAGAGAAGAGAGAACCUUCUACGUCAGCUGGAAGGUUACAAGGUGGACUAGUAGCAGGCGCUAUGGAAAAACUAGGUCAAGUUUUGGGAAGCACAAGACGUGGAACAAAGUGCAGUCUUUUAGAGAAUCAUGUAAGUUAAGUCGGUCUACUCAAAAAAAUCUCUCCACGACAAAAUGUUUUACUUUAAUGAUUCAUUAUUAGAUUGCAAGAAAUAAAAAGAUUUACAGGCAAAAUAAGAAAAAAAAACCUCAAAAAAGAAAGAGAAAAUAAAAAUAAAAAAGAGAAAUAGAUAUUUUUUUUCCAUUAAUCUUCUUCCUUUGCCAUAUUCCUCCGAUCUUCAAGUUAAAAAAUUUGAUAAAAACGAACAGAGAUGAAUCUAAGGAACACGCUAACCUGAUCCGAAAUUUUCUUCCUUUUUUUUUAUUUUUAUUUUUAUUUUCUUAUAUUAUCUACAAAAGAUUGAUUCUUUUGAUCUUCAAAAACUCAUACUUCAUCACUGUUUUUUUUCUAAAAAUCUGAUUCCAUUUAUUAUUUUUCUUCUUCUUCUUCUUCCUCUGUUUUCAUGUCCGCGAGGAUUUCAUUUCUGAAAAAUCCCGAUCCUUGCAAUCACUUAUCUAAUUAUAAGCUAAGAUAUGGUACUGAUGGUUACAAAUCUUUUCAGAACUUGUUCAGUUGCUUCAACGAUGGAAGGAUUAAGAUCAAACUUCAAGAAAUCGAGAUACCCAGAUGCAGUUAUUGUUCUGUUUAUCAAAAGAGACUCUACAUCUGUUUGAUCUGUCGUUCGAUUUCUUGUUCAAGUCACAUCCUUUUGCAUACCCAGUUGAAUAAAGGCCAUGAUAUCGCCAUUGAUGUUGAAAGAUCUGAGCUUUAUUGCUGUGCUUGCUUAGAUCAAGUGUAUGAUCCUGAGUUCGACGAGGUGGUUGUCUCUAAGCAGCUUGUUGGGUUGGGUAUGUCUGUUAAAUCAGGGGCUGAUGUUGUUGUUGCGGUUAGAUCCAACAAGAAGAGGAGGUUGGACUCUCAGUUGAUUAUAGGAUCUAAGUUUUUGGUCUCACCUCGAGAUCGAAGGGAGAAAUGGUCGUUUCCUUUGGGGUUAAGAGGUUUGAAUAAUCUUGGAAGCACUUGUUUUAUGAAUGCUGUGUUGCAAGCACUUGUUCAUGCUCCUCCUUUGAGAAACUUUUGGUUAAGUGGUCAGCAUAAUCGUGAUCUUUGUCCGAGAAGAACAAUGGGUUUGUUGUGUUUGCCUUGUGAUCUUGAUGUUAUCUUUGCUGCUAUGUUUUCUGGUGAUAGGACUCCAUAUAGCCCAGCUCAUUUGCUUUACAGUUGGUGGCAGCACUCAACAAAUCUAGCAACAUAUGAGCAGCAGGAUUCUCAUGAGUUCUUCAUUUCGCUAUUGGACCGUAUCCAUGAGAACGAAGGAAAGACAAAGUGUUUGUAUCAAGAUCAUGAGGAGUGUCAGUGUAUCACUCACAAGGCAUUCUCUGGUCUUUUAAGAUCAGAUGUCACCUGCACAACGUGUGGAUCCACAUCAACGACAUAUGACCCAUUUAUCGACAUUUCACUUACGUUAGAUUCUGCGAAUGGAUUCUCUCCUGCUGAUUGCAGAAAGAACAGAUAUAAUGGUGGGCCAAGCGUGAAUGCAACCAUGCCAACUCUCUCAGGUUGCUUAGAUUUCUUCACAAGGUCAGAAAAACUUGGUCCGGACCAGAAACUAAACUGCCAAAGCUGUGGAGAAAAGCGAGAAUCUUCAAAACAAAUGUCCAUAAGAAGACUUCCUCUGCUACUUUGCUUGCACGUAAAGCGUUUUGAACAUUCUCUUACCCGUAAAACCUCAAGAAAAAUUGAUAGUUACUUGCAGUAUCCGUUCCGCCUAAACAUGUCACCUUACCUCUCUUCCUCCAUCAUUGGAAAGCGGUUUGGGAACAGGAUGUUUGCCUUUGAUGGAGAAGGCGAAUAUGACAGUUCAUCAUCUUCAUCUCCAUCAGCGGAAUUUGAGAUAUUUGCGGUUGUAACUCACUCAGGGAUGUUGGAAUCGGGUCACUAUGUGACCUACCUUAGGCUGAAAGGGUUGUGGUAUAAAUGUGAUGAUGCGUGGAUCAAUGAGGUUGAAGAAGAAGUGGUGAGAGGAUGCGAGUGUUAUAUGUUGUUCUAUGCACAAGAGAAAGUGAUUCAAAAGGCUCAUAAGGAGUUGAGUUAUCAAGUUAUCUCCAUGGCUGAUUCAUUUCCCUUUGCUGAUUGCUAACUCUAGACUUGGCCAAAGAUUUUGACGCAUUUUCCCUUAAUACAUUUUUUUUAAUUGAUUUAAAGGUUUAUGCCCAAAUAUUUCAAAGCCAAGUUUAGUGAUAAAAUUUACUA